AUGGUUUGUAUCAAGGAGCAACUGGAACCUGAGCACACGUGCCUGCUGCAGUGUGCCAGCAGAGGGCAGAGCGCUGAUCUCAUUCUGGUGGACGAAGUGGGCUUUGUUAGUUCUAAGGUGCUGCUGGCUGUGCUGCCGAACAUCGCGUUCAGAGGGCGAAAGCAAGUGCACAUCACAAGUCAUGUCAACAACACCCCGUGGCUGAACAAAGUGGCUGAUAUCCGUGGGGAAGAUGGAGAGCCCGCGUACCACGUAGUGUCCCAGAGCUUCAAGUGUAGGUAUCACGAGAGGGAGCCUGGGCUGACGUGCUUCUGCCUGGGAGUGUGCUGUCCUCAACAUAUAUCUGUAGACAACCAUCUGAAGGAGCUGAUGAACAUGGUCACGCCGAAAGGAUUCGAGAGCGAAGUCACGGGUAGCAGCAGCACUUCGUCCACCGACACCAAGACCGACCACACCACUCCCUUCGAGCCCUCGGUCAUAAACAAGUUCCUGUCGAAUAACAGCGUCACCCUGGAAUAUAUGAAUCGUGGGUCCGUGGUCAGAGCGUACCUGUGCCUCGACCCAACGUUCGGAGGAGGCUCUAGGUCCUGUGCCGGGGUGUGCUGUGCUGUGGAGUUGGCAGGUGGCAAGCUAGUGGUUAUGGCCCUGGAGGAACUGGAGAUUCGCGAUUUGGAUCAGGUGACGCGAGUCUACGCUGCUCUGCUAUGCGCUCACAUUAGACUACUGAAACUGAUUAUGCCCAGAGUGAUGUGGAAAGAAGUACCAGUGGUGAUGGUAUUUGAACAAAACACCUACGUGAACGCACUGGUCGAUGUAAAAAAUCUAAUCGAGCAGUCCCUGCUACGCUCCGGGUUCAAGGUCCUGUUCUACAGCAAGUGGUCUCAUAUCAACAACAAGUACAUGCUAGGGGAAGCACUGUUAUCCGAGGUCACCAAGAAAACUCGGAUGCUCGAGUCAACCAUAGGAACCUCCAAGGGUGCGGGAUCUAGCAACAAGAUGGGCUCCAAUAUGGACGUGUUCAUGUACAGGCGCUCUCGAAAGGGAGUCAAUCUGGCCACUGAUAUCACGGCGAGUCUAUUGGAGACGCGAGACAUCAUAGCUCUACCCGGAGACAGGCUCACUGACAAGGCUCACGCAGAACAAGGGAAACUGCUACUGGGGAAAUUGAGAGAAGAAAUGGCCAUGGUCACUAUCACAGAGGCUGUGAAAUGUAGUACCGUGACUACUGGUGGCAAGAAGUCUGUAGACGGAGAGUACACCAGAGACGACAUGCUCUCGGCGUUCUUACUUCUAUGUCACACCAGAGACGAGAUACACAGCGGGAAAGGUCUAUCAAACUAA